CUACAUUUUGGACCCUCCCUCAGCCCUACCCUAUGCUUUAAAAGGAGAUAAAAUGCCAUACGGCGAUGGACAACCUUUGAUGAUUGACCAAAGGUACUUCCAAGAGAGCUUAAAGGGAGGAUUCUUCAUAGAGGCUGGUGCAUAUAAUGGGGAGGAUGAAUCCACCACACUUUACUUUGAACAAAAACAUGGUUGGAGUGGAUUAUUAGUUGAACCAGUUGUCCGUCAAUAUCAGCAUCUUAGGCGGCUGAACCGAAGAACCUGGUCAGCCCAAACCUGUCUUUCUCCGAGUACUCAUCCAACCACAGUAGCUUUCUCAACAGCAAGUUCGCAAGUAACCAUGGAUGGAAUACUGGAGAACGGAGAGGAGGGAGAGGAAAUGCAAUGCAUACCUUUAACCUCGCUUAUACUUAGGAGGAGGAGAAAUGGAAGAGAAAGAGGAAAAAGGGGAGCUGGAAGUGGAGGGGGAUGGGUAAGAGGGGAGGCAGGGAAAGAUUUUGGUUCCAGUAUAGGUCAGUUAAUACAGCAUAUUUUGUUUAGGGUAGAUUUACUAAGUUUGGAUGUUGAAGGGGCUGAGUUUAAUGUAUUGAACAGUCUAGAUUGGUCUAGGAUUGAUAUCAGGGUGAUAUCAGUCGAGACGCAGUUCAGUGAUGAGUUCGGGAUAGAAAUGUCACAGAUUGAGACUCUUUUAAAUCUUCAAGGUUUUAUCCUUCUUGAUCAAAUAUCCAGAGAUUCUGUCUUUAUCCAAGUUCCCCGAGCUGAUCUACUCCAGAUUAAACCUCAUCUACCAAUAUUUUCAAGAAAACUACAAGCUAAAGAAAUUUUGUUGAGGGACCCGUACCCUCUAGCUGGACCUAUUUGUGUGUUUUUCAGAGUACCAAAAGAAAAAGUCACCAGCCACUGCAAAAUUCAGUUCCCAAUGGAUUUUUACAGACCUAUCGCUGAGGAAGAUAUCCUAGAGUGUGCUGUUAGAAGAUCUUGCCCAGCAGAUUUUUUCUCUUUAAUUGAAACCUUCAAGAUUUCUACAUCAUGGAAACUAGUUUUAACUGACCCAUGUUAUCUUCUUAUAUCUCUCUAAAUAUUAAGUUUUCUACAUCAUGGAAACUAGUUUUAACUGACCCAUGUUAUCUUCUUAUAUCUCUCUAAAUAUUAAGUUUUCUUCAUCAUGGAAACUAGUUUUAACUGACCCAUGUUAUCUUUAUUAAUAAAACAGAAAAUAUGA